ACCGUAUGACCCACAGUAAACUUUACCAGUCGGUGAUCUUAUUAAUUUAUCUCUCAAAUUUUGAACAUAAUUUAUGAAGAGAAAUUUGAAAACUCAACAAGAUGAUUUCCAAGCGAAUUUUAAUAUCGAUGAUUGUCAUAAUUUCUUUGGCCGAAUUCAUAACUUGUCCGUCGGCCACUAAACCAGAUCCAGCUGCAUCUAAAACUGGAGUUAAGCCAAGAGUUAUACCUGCAUCUAAAUCUGGAGUAGGUAAACCAGGAGCUACAGCCACUAAACCAACGGACUCAGGAAUGGACCCGGAUAACUCUGAAAUGGAAUCAGAAAAACCAAACGGCCUACGUCAAAAAUUCUUUAGGCCUAUAAGGUUUAUAUUUUGGCCCGUGCGAUUCUUAUGGGGAAAAUUUAAAAACUUAAAGAAUAAAUUACAACAAAACAAUAACAUGGAAACAGAAUUUGACGUAGAGAAACCUAUAGAUAAAAAUAGAAAAAAAGUAUAAUCAUAUCAUAAUCAUUGUGUUAAUUGGAAAUGAAUAACGGUGUAAAUUAAAUAAUAAUACUUUCUAUUAUAAUACUUUUUUUUAUAUAUAUUAUGUAACAAUAAAGUACCCACGUAUGCACGAUUAUUAUAAGCAUUUACGAAAACAAAAUACAAUAACAAUGUAACGUAGAUUUGGAAAUUAAAAUUAAUCACAAUAAGAAUUUAUUUACGGAUUU